AUGACUGGUCUGUUCCCGGCUGUGUUGAACUUGGCCUCCAUGGCAGAUAUCUCCACUAAUGCGACCUGUGGUUCCACGGGUCCGGAGAUGUUCUGUAAGCUGGUGGAACAUGUACCCGGCCAGCCCAUAAGAAACGCUCAGUGUCGAAUCUGCAACCAAAAGAGUACAACACCCACAGGUAACUGGAUCUUAGAGCGUUCAAUAGAUGGCGUCACCUUUGACCCCUGGCAGUACUACGCCAUGACAGACACAGAGUGCCUGACGAGGUUCAACAUCAACCCGCGGACCGGAAAUCCAUCCUACACCCGAGAUGAUGAAGUUAUCUGCACGUCUUUUUAUUCAAAGAUCCAACCACUGGAGAACGGAGAGAUCCACGCGUCUUUGAUCAAUGGCCGGCCGAGUGCAGACGACCCCUCCUCGACCCUGCUGAACUUCACCUCCGCCCGCUACAUCAGGCUGGUGUUUCAGCGAAUCAGAACGCUGAACGCCGACCUCAUGACUCUGACUCAGCGUGACCCGAAGGAGGUCGAUGCCAUCGUGACGAGAAGGUACUAUUAUUCCAUUAAGGACAUCUCAGUGGGAGGGAUGUGUAUCUGUUACGGCCACGCCAAAGCUUGUCCGCUCAACACUUAUACUAAGAAGUUCAGCUGUGAGUGUGAACACAACACAUGCGGGGAAAGCUGUGAUCGUUGUUGCCCCGGUUACAACCAGCAGCCCUGGAUGGCGGGAACCUUCGUGACUCGACAUGUCUGUGAAAAGUGUAACUGCCACAAUAAGGCAGAGGAGUGCUACUUUAAUCAGACGGUAGCAGACCUGUCACUCAGCCUGAAUGUCCAAGGUCAAAACAGAGGGGGCGGAGUCUGUAUCAAUUGCCACGACAACACAGCUGGAAUCAACUGUCAGACAUGUGCUGCGGGAUUUUACAGACCCGCCGAGGUGAGCGCUGAGGAGGAGGACCCCUGCAUCCCCUGCUCAUGUGACCCGCAUGGCUCUAUCAGCCAAUCAUGUGUCCCGGAUUCAAGCCAGGCUACGCCUCUUCAGCCAGCAGGGUCAUGCCGGUGUAAGGAGGGUUUUGGGGGUCUGCAAUGUGACAGGUGUGCUGUGGGUUAUAUGGGCUACCCGUCCUGCCAGCGCUGUAACUGCAGUGUGGAGGGAAGCACCAACGCUGACCCGUGUGUAACACCGUGUGUGUGCAAGGAAAACGUGAAGGGAGGAAACUGUGACCAUUGUAAACUGGGAUUCUUCAACCUGCAAGGUUACAAUCCAAGAGGCUGCGACAAAUGCUCCUGUAUGGGCAUCUCCAGCCAGUGCUCGUCCUCCACAUGGUCCUAUCACAAUGAGACGACUCUGAUGGGCUGGCACCUGCUUGGAGAAACAGGAGGAAGAGUGUGGUCCGUUCACAGACAGACUCCUCCAUACCUCAGCGUCCGUCACUCAGACGUUGUGAAUGACCUCGGCUCAGCGUACUACUGGAACGCACCUGAGCUAUACCUGGGAAACAAGAUUUCAGCGUACGGAGGGAGUUUGGUCUACACUGUGUCCUAUACUACAGACCAACAAGAGCCAAUGGCCAUCAGAGUCACCUCCCAACCCGACCUGAUCAUAGAGGGAGGCGGGAUCAAGAUUAUUGACAGAAGGUUCGGCCAACCGGUGUACCCGUCAUCGCCAAGCACCAAUCACAUUCCUCUUUCACCCGCUAACUUCCUGGUUGCAGAGAGCGCUCAGCCAAUCGGUCGCAGGGAUUUCUUGUCAGUGUUGGCCAACGUGACCAGAGUGAUGGUGCGGGCCUCUUAUAGCACAGAGACAAGCGCUGUGUACAGGUAG